AUGGUCAAUCUGAUACGAUGUACACUGUGUACUUCCUGAUCCCAGUUACGGUAGCAGAUACCGUUAGUAAGCCAAGAGGAUGUUUCCAGCAGAUGUGUUGCCCGUCAUUCUGCAAUUUCUAGAUCCAGAGACCCAAUAUUUGGUGGCCCGUUGUGUUUCUCGCGGCUGGUAUCAUGCCGUAGUGGAUAGUGCCCCUACUACUAAUAGCCACCCUGUCUUGUACAUGACGCUACGCCAUCGCAGGGGCGAUGCAUCGUUUCACUUGGACAUGAAAGGGCGCACAUCAUGUACCAGAAGGAUACGACGUGGUGGCAACAACAACCAUGACGAGGAAGAAGAAGAAGAAUCCAAACAACCUGCCAAGAGACAACGGCGAACUCGGGGCCAUUUGCCGGAACCUCGAAUGGAUAUUUGUACCACCGGCACUAGUAGCACUGUUGCUCGUGAUGGAGGAGACAAGAUCCUCCGUUUUCAGGCCAAAGAGAUGGCGACAACAUUUGCUCAGAGCAGUCAAAAAUAUUCUCGUAAUAGUGCCGUCCUGGGUCAACUUUCCUCCAUCAUGAUGGACGGUGGCUGUAACCAAGCAGUAGAUGAAGAAGAGCUGCUGACAUUGGAUUUCCCCUCUCUCAAGGGACCUGCCAUUCAUCCCAGUACAACGACCAGCGUGGGAAUGAAGAACAAACUCAAGCGCAUCAAUUUGAGUCUCUUGAAGGGAUUGAAACAAGUCUCGGUCCGAGGAUGUUCCAACUUGACAGACCUUGCCGUAUCACCCAAUCUGAUCGCAUUGGAUGCUCACGGAUGCAGCCAGUUAAAGCGACUGUUGAUUCCAAACAUUAUACUUCAUCAGAGUCCAGGACGCGACAGGGACACCGACAAUCAAGAUGGGUCUUUGAUUAGAUCUCAUGAUGACGAUAGCAAAUGUUCCGCUGUUGCAGUGUGUCACUUGCAAUUUCUAAAUCUGAAUGGAUGCCGAUCGUUAGAUACCAUUGGCGGUCCUACUUGGAAAACACGGGAUGGGCAAUUGCUAGCAACACCACUGGCCUACAAUCUGCGACAAGUCGAUCUGAGCUCUUGUACCAAACUCUCAACCGAAUUCGUGGGGAACCUCCUCCAGGCGACUCGUUGUCUCGAAUCGAUUGCAUUGCGCUACGUGGCCACCAAUGUCAUGCUCCAAGGUUUGGCCAAUUCACAAUCGGCGUCGCUCCGUCUCGUGGAUGUGGCAUUUAGCCAUGGAGUUUCUGAUGAUGGAAUCAAUCCACUGGUGGCAAAUGCCGUGCACUUGGAACGCCUCAACUUGCGGGGAUGUCGCAAUGUCUCGUCCCAAUGUUACAAUGACACUCCCAUUCGUUUGCAACAACGUCGUCGUCAGGACGGAUCUACUACGAGCAGUAAGAGUGGUUUCGCAGAAGGAUUGUCGACUACGAACACCGCAACUUCCGGCAGUCGCAAGGGCGACAAUCUAUUUGCCCUCAUGCCUUCCUAUGAGCAUGCCAAGACACGCCCGACUUCUUCUAUUACCAAGGAGAAACAAAAAGACGGAGGAUCAUGAGCAGCGAUGAUAGGAUGAACUGCACUGUGGACAGAAACACGGCUUUUUGGCACUCGGCUGCCAGACAGACCAACAGCCAUGAAAAAGCCAUGGCAUUUUCAUGUAUGCACAGAUGGAUUGUUCCAACAAUCAAUUCGAAAGGAACAAAGGUUGUGGCCGGACAUCUAGCUGAUCUCUUGGGAAGAGGCGUUCAGCCAGUGAAGCACUCCGGCCACGUUCUUUCUAGCCGCGAUCAAGGCGUGAGUUGAACAUGCGAGCAGCAACAAUGUUCGGGUCCUUUCCAAUACUGUACAUGUCUACGACGACAAGUUGAAAGCAGAAAGAAGAUAUCUAGUAGAAAGACUGAUAAAUACUUUUUAGUUAGUCCGUCAGAAGCAGAUCUCUUACAGAUGCAGAGUUGGUCAAGAAAGAGAAGGCUA